ACCCCUUGCAUAAUCCUACUCCCCGUCUGAAUCUGAAUCUUGGUCACAACGCGAAUCCCUUGACGUCUACUGCCAACGGUACACGAGCAUCAAGCAAUACUUAAGGGCCAUUGCAUCUUCAUCUGAAAUGCUUUACGGCGCAGGUUAUCAUCCGAAUAGAAAUAUCCCAACCACUAUGUUGACAAGCCUAGCAUUCCUUGUCAGUCUUAAUUUGACAUGCUAUUACAUUCCAUGCAGGUCUAGGCUACCUAAUUUGCCUAUAGACAACCCGACACGCGGAUACCAAACGUGUCGCGCCUAUUAUCCCUUGUUCCUAGCCUCAAAACGUAGGGGAUAUCUUGGCUGCGAAUCUCAACUUGUCACAUAAACACAGGGAUGAGCUUCCCCUUGCCCUCGUUGUUUACCAUACUUGAUCGUUUACAGCUCUACUUCUCUUUACGAACCAGGCACU